AUGUGGUUGAAUCACAGUAUAAGCUCCAUUAGGCAAGAUACUUAUCUGACCAGAGUCCUUGAGAAAACAGUUAAAGGCCUGAUGAUGAAUUUGUGUCUCUUCUACUUCUUGAUUCUGGUCCUUAUAGACCAUGGAUUAGGGCUUAACACGGAUGAGUGCAAAGAAUCUAAAUGUGGAACUCAUGGUCCAGUAGUCCGAUUCCCUUUCGGAAUCAAAGGCCAGCAACCUGACCACUGUGGCUACCCAGAAACUGGGUUUGAUCUAUCUUGCUCAGAGACAAAUGAGACGGUGCUGGAGCUGCCAAAUUCAGUGAAACUCUUUGUCAAAAAGAUAGAUUACGUAGCUCAAGUGAUCUAUACAAGUGAUCCACAAGAUUGCCUUCCAAGACAGUUUUCCAACUUAAAUUUAUCUGCUUCUUCAUUCCGGUUCAGGGAUGUGGGCAUCUUUAACGAUGUGUCGUUGUUCAACUGUUCAGGAAGAAGAGGAGAUUCAUUCUUUCAGAUGCCUUGCCUCAGUGCCCCUGGCUACCAAGUUGCUGUGUUUGGUUCGUCAGUUUCCACGGACAACAUUGCCCUUUUGCAUUGUACCAAGAUGUAUGAUGUUUCACUAGUUCCAGAUGACAUGAUCGAUGGAAAUGACAAUAUUCUUCAUUUGAAUUGGUCCAAUCCAAGCUGUGGAUCUUGUGCAGCACAAGGUAAAUUUUGCAGAUUGAAGGCUAACACCACUGAACCGGAAACUGAAUGUUAUGGCAAGCUCAUGCACAUCAAAUGGUCAUCUCCAAAAUUUCUGGCCACAGGUAUUGUCCUGGUUUUGAUUCUUCUAGUCGUAGUAGGGGUUGCUAUUUACCGUGUCUAUAGCUUCAAUAGAAUUGAAAGAGAAUAUCAAUCCAAGAUUGAAAAGUUUUUAGAUGAUUAUAGAGCAUUCAAGCCUGGAAGAUAUUCCUAUGCAGUCAUCAAGAGGAUGACAAAUAAUUUCAAGGAGGAAUUAGGCCAAGGAGCUUAUGGAACUGUGUUCAAAGGAAAACUUUCUGAUGAAGUUCUUAUAGCUGUUAAGGUUCUCAACAGUUCCAAAAGAAAUGGAGAGGAAUUUGUAAAUGAAGUGAGAACAAUAGGCAAAAUCCACCAUGUUAAUGUGGUUCGCUUGAUUGGAUUUUGUGCUGAUGGAUUUCGACAAGCUCUAGUUUAUGAGUACUUACCAAAUGACUCACUUGAGAAAUUUAUAUCACUACCAUAUGAUAACAACCAUUUCCUUGGAUGGAAAAGGCUACAAGAUAUUGCUCUUGGAAUAGCCAAAGGGAUUGAAUAUCUUCACCAAGGAUGCAAUCAAAGAAUCCUCCAUUUCGACAUAAAACCGCGUAAUAUCUUGCUCGACGAGAACUUCAACCCCAGGAUCUCCGAUUUUGGCCUGGCAAAGUUGUGUUCUAAAGAUCAAAGUACAGUGUCAAUGACAACAGCAAGAGGAACCAUUGGCUACAUUGCUCCUGAAGUGUUCUCAAGGAACUUUGGGAAUGUUUCUUACAAGUCAGAUGUUUAUAGUUUUGGAAUGUUGGUGUUAGAAAUGGUUGGAGGAAGGAAGAUUAGUGUUGAUGAUAAAGAAAAAACAAAUGAUCAAAUAGACUUUCCAGAUUGGAUUUAUAAUAUUUUGGAAGGAGGAGAAGAUCUAAGGUUGGAAAUUGAUGCAGAGGAAGAUGCUGGAAUUGCAAAGAAACUUGCAAUUGUGGGUCUUUGGUGCAUUCAGUGGAACCCAGUUGAUCGUCCUUCCAUGAAAACUGUUGUGCAAAUGUUGGAAGGAGAUGGAAGCCAUUUAACAACCCCUUCUAAUCCAUUUAGCAGUGCAGCUCCUGCUGAGAGAAUGCACUUUAAAAUUCCAGGCAGAAAUUUUCAUCAAGCCUUGGAGGUCAUCAGAGAAACAGAGUAAUUGUUACUAGUAAAGUUCUAUACAGAAAUCCUAAGUAGUUUUAUGAAUUUACUCAACAUUGGAAAAUUGUUGUCCAUUUCACACACAAAUCAAAAUUGAAAAUAAAAGUAAGUAAUUUUUAUUUC